GGACACGGGAUCCAUAUGGUUGGUAAAGCAAGGCUUAACAAAGCAAUGGGAACUUCAAACGUGCUGCUAAGAGUCUAAAAAACACCAGCAACUACACGUUUUAACGGGAGCAUCACAGUCACCCACUCCCCCUGGCAGUGGAGAGCUUGUCAACUCUGGUGAAAGCAGCGAUGGACCCGAGCGACACAGCCCCGGAUUCGUGGGAGCUGGAGGAAGAUGCCGAGGCCGCGGCGGGGCUACCGACCGCCUUCGCCGCUCUCAACGUUAACGCCAAGCCGUUUGUCCCUAACGUUAACGCCCCGGUCUUUGUACCGAGUUUCCUUCAAGCCAACGUCGUGGAAAUCCCGGCUUCAGACGGUGCCCCUGAUCCAGUUGCCAGCAUGGAGGUGGCAGAAACAGCCGCUCCAGUGGAGAAUGGAAGCACGGAGGCGGACGUGACCACAGAGGAAGAGACGUGGGAGCAGAAGGAGGAGCCCGGGGGAGGCGGAGGAGGCGGAGGACAGGAGGACCUGGAAUCAGGAGGAGUCUGUGAGGAGGGCGGUGCCGCUGGGAAAGAGGAUGAAGAGAUGAUGGAGGAGGAGGAGGAGGAGAUGCCCAUGCCCAAAGUGGCUCCGGCGCCUCCAGACGCCCCCAAGAAAGAACACGUGAACGUGGUCUUCAUCGGUCACGUGGAUGCUGGUAAAUCAACUAUUGGAGGACAGAUCAUGUACCUAACUGGAAUGGUGGAGAAGCGAACCCUGGAAAAAUAUGAAAGGGAAGCGAAAGAAAAGAACAGGGAGACAUGGUACCUGUCGUGGGCUCUAGACACAAACCAGGAGGAGAGAGACAAGGGGAAGACAGUCGAGGUCGGGAGAGCUUACUUCGAGACUGAGAAAAAACAUUUCACUAUCCUGGAUGCCCCCGGACACAAGAGCUUUGUCCCCAACAUGAUUGGUGGAGCGUCACAAGCUGACCUGGCAGUCCUGGUGAUUUCAGCAAGGAAAGGGGAGUUUGAGACCGGCUUUGAGAAGGGAGGACAGACACGGGAACAUGCCAUGCUGGCUAAAACAGCAGGAGUCAAGCAUCUCAUUGUCCUGGUCAACAAGAUGGAUGACCCCACUGUCAACUGGAGCCUAGAUAGGUAUGAAGAGUGUAAGGAGAAGCUGGUGCCAUUUCUAAAGAAGGUGGGCUUCAACCCCAAGAAGGACAUCCACUUUAUGCCUUGCUCCGGACUCACAGGUGCCAACCUCAAGGACCCUGUAUCUGAAUGCCCCUGGUACACGGGUUUGCCAUUUAUUGCCCAUCUGGACAGUUUGCCAAACUUCACUAGAUCCAACGAUGGACCAGUCAGACUACCUAUCGUAGACAAAUACAAAGAUAUGGGCACAGUUAUCCUCGGGAAGCUGGAGUCAGGAUCCAUCAGUAAAGCCCAGCAGCUGGUCAUGAUGCCAAACAGGCACACCGUGGAGGUCUUGAGCCUGCUGAGCGAUGAUGUGGAGACAGAUGAUGCAACUCCCGGGGAGAAUCUGAAGUUGAGGCUGAAGGGCAUCGAGGAGGAAGAAAUCCUCCCUGGUUUUAUCCUCUGUAGCCCUGACAACCUAUGCCACUCUGGACGCACCUUUGACGCACAGAUUGUCAUCAUUGAGCACAAAUCAAUCAUUUGCCCUGGUUAUAAUGCAGUCCUUCACAUCCAUACCUGCAUUGAAGAAGUGCAAAUCUCAGCCUUAAUCUGUCUGGUGGACAAGAAGACGGGGGAGAAAAGCAAAACACGACCACGCUUUGUGAAGCAGGACCAGGUGUGUAUCGCCAGGCUCCGGGCAGCAGGAGUCAUCUGCUUAGAGACCUUCAAAGACUUCCCUCAGAUGGGACGAUUCACGCUGCGAGACGAAGGCAAGACUAUCGCCAUCGGCAAAGUGCUGAAGCUGGUGCCAGAAAAGGACUAAACGCAACAGUGGCAGCAUGCAUGGAGUUCUUCCACUCGUUACCAGAGGAGAAACGCUGCUCGAGCCGACCCAAACAGCCACUCUCUCUUUACACACAACUAUGCUGAAGAGAAGAACAAUGACAACAAGGAGUGAAGAAGGAGAAUAAAAUCGCUUAAAAUGAAGAAAACGAGACUGAAUCAGUUUUUAAGAUGAACAAUAUGAAAUGAGAGACCAAGUCCAGUGUGUCAGCUUUCUCAUAUUGAGAGCUCAGCUAUGCCACUAAUGUAGCUACAUAUCCCCCUUCUGUACUCCCACAGCUAACCACACUGUCGGCUGUCCACGCCAUUUGUUUUUAGAAUGGAUAUGGAUGCAGUGUUACUGAGAUUGGGGAAGGAAAAACAAAUAUUAUUUCAUAUCCUGCAAAAGACCAGGGUUAGCCUGUAGUUAUACUUUGCAAAGUACAUCUCCCUUUUUAAGAGUGGUAUUUAGAAUCCAAUGGACAUUUUUAUUUGGUUUUAAGGAUUGCUGUACCAAUAUUUUUAGUUUGGUCUCUCUCCACAUGAGAUGGUUUAAUUGGAUUGAGCUCACACACUACUCUGAUGAACCAUGGAUAAACACACUCACACAGACAGACACACACAGCUGUUACAUAAUCUAAACUGAAAAUAAAUGAUCAAGCUGCAACAGAAA